AUGUCCGCCGCCUACGAUAUUGCGAUGGGCUACAUGUACAAGUGUGCGCCAAGCAUUGCCGACCAGUUUGUUAUUGCGAACGCGACCGCCACCAAGGAUGCGCUUUACCCGGAUAUCAACCUGGACGCGCUCAACUGGUUGGAGCGCACCUGGGCCAACUACUACAUUUGGAUGGGCAACGCCAUCAUGGCCACGGGUGUCAUUUCGUUUGUCCUUCACGAGGUUGUUUACUUUGGUCGCUGCAUUCCGUGGCUCAUCAUCGACCGUAUGGAGUUCUUCCAAAAGUGGAAGCUCCAGCCAACAAAGCACAUUACCAACGCUCAGAUUUGGAAGAUGACCAAGGUCGUCGUUCUCACCCACAUCACCUGCGAGGCGCCACUCAUCUGGCUGUUCCACCCGAUCUGCUGCUACUUUGGCAUGGCUACCUACGAAGUGCCAUUCUCCCCGGUCUGGCUCAUGUGUGCCCAAAUCGCCGCCUUCUUCGUCUUUGAGGACAUGUUCCACUACUGGGCCCACCGCGCUCUUCACUGGGGUCCCCUUUACAAGAACAUUCACAAGCUUCACCACGAGUGGCCUGCCCCGAUCGGUCUUGCUGCCGAGUACGCCCACCCUCUCGAGGUCCUCAUCCUUGCCCAGGGCACCAUUUCUGGCCCGUUCCUCUACUGCCUCUUCCGCAAUGACCUCCACAUCUUGACAGUCUACAUUUGGGUCACCCUCCGUCUCUUCCAGGCCGUUGACGCGCACUCGGGAUACGACUUCCCUUGGUCCCUUCGCCACUUCCUCCCCUUCUGGGCUGGUGCCGACCACCACGACUUCCACCACAUGGCCUUUGUCAACUGCUUCUCGACCUCGUUCCGCUGGUGGGACUUUACACUCGGCACCGACGCCAAGUACCACGCGUACAAGGCUCGUGUCGCCAAGGCCAAGGCUAGCGAGCGUGAGGCGGUCAACGCCCGCGAGAUGGAGCGCGCGGAGAGGGAGGGUCUCGAAGCCGAGCGUCUUGUGGUGGCUUAUGGAAAGCCCAAGAAGGCUUAG